AUGAAUGCCGCGGGUUGGUCAGUGCCGCUUCUUUUCCUGCUGGUGUUGACGCUGGUCUCCACAACAACAUCGACUGAUGGUAUCACGCUCUCACCAUCAAGCGUCGAUACUUCCGAUGCAAAACUCACGUCCACCGCUUCAUGCGCAAGAAGCAGAGGCUUUCAGACGCUAGAAUUUCUGCACAGCAUCCGUGGUCAGAAAAUUGUUUCCGGUCAGCACAAUGACCAGAAAGAUGGGACCAACGAAUCUCACUACACUCGACGAGUCUAUGAAGUCACCGGUGAAUAUGCUGGCCUAUAUGGUGCAGACUUUUUGUUUCAUGGGAACCCUGACCGACGCUGGGCCAUCACACUGGAAGCAGAACGACAAUGGGCCCAGGGCGCCAUUAUCAAUCUCAUGUGGCAUGCUUGUCCUCCCACAACAGGGGCAGAUGCCGGGCUGAAGUGUCCUUGGGAUGGUGGCAUCUUAAGUUCAUUAACAGAUGAUGAAUGGAAUGACUUGAUCACUGAUGGAGGAAACCUCAACACUAUUUGGAAAAGCCGCAUUGAUGAAAUAGCAGUUUUCCUCCGGUAUCUACAAGACAGGAAUGUAGAAGUCAUGUGGAGACCUCUUCAUGAACAAAAUCAACCUGUUUUCUGGUGGGCAGGACGAACUGGAGAUUUAGGUACCAAGAAGCUGUGGCAGCUCACGCAUAACUACAUGACAAACGACCUUGGCUUGACCAAUUUGAUUUGGGUUUGGAACGUCCAAGAUAUGCCAAUUAUUGACUUUGGUGAUUACAAUCCAGGACAAGAAUACUUUGAUAUUGCUACAUUGGAUGUGUAUCUGCCAGGCAUCACGUACAAUUCCUGCAAGUAUUAUGAAGCCAUGUUGGUUGAGGCGGGCGAUCGAAUGGUGGCUAUUGGAGAGUCAUUUCAACUACCAUCUCUGGAUGUUAUGGAAAGGCAGCCGAUGUGGACCUUUUUCAUGACAUGGGCAUAUGGUUUGGAGCGAGAUCCAAAUGGUUCACAAACCAAUUCAAUUGAUUACAUCAGAGAAGUCUACAACUAUCCCCGUGUGCUCAAGCUGAAGGAUAUGCCAACUUGGCAUAAUCAAUCCACCAUUAGUGAUUGCGUAGCACUAGCCGAAACAGUCUGUUCCAACGAUGUAGACUGUGGUUUCAAUGGAUAUUGUGUCAGUAAUAUUUGCUUCUUGGAUGUUCGAACCUAUCAUUCCACAGAGCCCCAGAACAUCCUGGCUCGCUUUGGUCUGGAAAGGCACAUUUUGGACUGCAACGGGAAAGGCAUCAGUCAAUUUGGUUUGGUCCAACCGUUUGUGUUGCACUACAAUUACUACUACUCAUGUAGUGAUCUCACCGAUGCGACUCCUGGCGCAAUGCAGCAGACCCCUCUAGAUGCUGCCUUUCUAGGCAAUGUGAUCUUCUUGGAUCGGCAUGCCAUUGACUGCCAAACAAGCCCAAUUCAAUACUUGCAUUUGGUUUCUUCCGCCAACCAACGCAUUGGGUACAACUACAAGUGUGGAGAAGUCUACCUCCAUGAAGUGGAAGACUACUAUACAGAGUGGGCUAGUACUAACGGGCUUUGGGGGAGAAUCAAUGUCAGAUUCUUGGAGAGGCAUGAUGUGAAGUGCCCAACAGGGAAGGUAUUGAGUUAUGUGCAGCUGCAGACCAAUGGUCAAGGCCGCAUCAUCUCCAACAAUAAAAUGCGCUACCACUACAAAUGUGGAUACGCGCUGCAUUUCUAA